AUGACUGAUCCAAAACAACGAGAAAAAUGGUCGGGAAAUAUGGAUUUUUUAUUUUCAUGCAUCGGUUACGCCAUUGGACUUGGAAAUGUUUGGCGUUUUCCUUAUUUAUGUUAUCAACAUGGUGGAGGUGCAUUUCUAAUACCCUAUUAUAUUACAUUAAUUUGUGGUGGAAUUCCGUUAUUCUUCUUGGAAGUUGCUCUCGGUCAAUAUACUAGUAUUGGUGGACUUGGUAUUUGGAAAAUAUGCCCAAUUUUCAAGGGUUAUGCAGCAGCAAUUAUUGCAUUUUGGCUCAAUUGUUAUUAUAUCGUUGUAUUAGCUUGGGCUCUCUAUUAUGUUUAUAACUCAUUUGCUAAAACAUUGCCAUGGUCACUGUGCGGUAAUUGGUGGAAUAAAGACACAUGCCGAACUAUUGAACAAAUGCGUAAUUAUACAGCUUAUUUAAAAUCACACUUUUGUCAAAAUAUGAAUUUAACAAAUAAUAAUAUUACAUGUUAUCAAAACAUUACGUACCAAUUACAACAAUUUUCUAGUCCUGUCAAAGAAUUUUGGGAACGCAAUGCUCUUCAAAUUACCGAUGAUAUAGGCAAACCGGGCAGUAUACGUAUUCCAUUGGCUAUUACAUUAGCCAUAGCAUGGAUUGCAUGCUAUUUUUGUAUUUGGAAAGGUGUUAGAUGGACUGGAAAAGUUGUCUAUUUUACUUCCAUGUUUCCAUAUCUAUUACUAUUUGUUUUACUUGUACGUGGUUUGAUGCUAGACGGAGCUAUGGAUGGUAUCAAAUAUUUAUUUAUACCAGAUUUAAAUAAGUUGAAAACAUCACAACUUUGGAUUGAAGCAUCAACACAAAUAUUUUUUUCGUAUGGACUCGGUCUCGGUGCUCUAGUUGCAUUGGGCAGUUACAAUAAAUAUCAUAAAAACUGUUACAGGUAUAAUCAACCAGUUGAACUAAUUAUUAUUGUUCUAUUUUCUUAUGAUUUUUAUAGAGACACAUUAAUAUUAGCUGCAUUCAAUGAGGCCACCUGUCUAAUUAGUGGAUUCGUCAUAUUUUCGGUUAUUGGCUUUAUGGCCAAAACUGAAGGGCGAAAAAUUGGAGAAGUGGCGGAUUCUGGACCUGGUCUUGCGUUUGUUGCUUAUCCGGCGGCUGUAGCACAAUUACCAUGGUCACCAUUUUGGUCAACAUUAUUUUUCAUUAUGCUCAUAUUUAUCGGUCUCGAUAGUCAGUUUGUAACCCUCGAAGGUUUUAUUACUGCAUGUGUAGAUGAGUGGCCCGUACUUCGUAGACGAGCCGAUCGUUUUUAUGAAGAUAUUCAUGAUAUGAUUAAAUAUUAUCCUGGUAGAUUUUGGAAAUGGUGUUGGAUUAGUAUAGCUAUUUUUAGUUUAGUCGAAUAUGAACCAGUUUCUUAUAAACAGUAUCGUUUCCCUAGAUAUGCUGAAAUAACUGGAUGGUGUAUUGCUCUCUCAUCAAUAUCAGCCAUUCCAGUGUAUGCAAUUUAUAUACUUCUUAAAGGAUCUGGCACAUUAAAACAGCGUUUUCAAAUGGCAAUUAAAUCUAAAAUUAAUCGUAUAAAAGUGAUUGAUGAUGGUACAACGGAAGAAAAAUUACAUCUAGAUUCAUUAUCAGCAAUGACUAAUUCAUAG